UCCAGCCCUGGCCUCUCCUGCCAGCCCCUUGUCUCUCCCGGCUCCGUUCUACCCUCACCGUGGCCCAGAGGCCAAGAUGGCUGGGCAGGCAACACUGACCCUCCUGCUGCUGCUGGCUGUCACUGUCCUCCCCAGUUGGUCCGUGGUGGUCAACAGCUGCAGCAGCGCAGCCGAGCAGCUCUGUGACUUCGUCUGCAACUGCAGUGACUGCUCCGAUGAGAAUGAAUGUGGGUACCUGCGGGGCUCAGUGGUGCUGGGCACCCCCUUCACCUGUGAUUUCGAGGAAGGUGCCUGCGGCUGGCGGGACGUGAGCACCUCGGCUCACAGAUGGGUGCGGGGCCGGGCCAGCCUGGCUGCGUGGGGCACGGGUCCCCACUCAGACCACACCGUGGGCACGGACCUGGGAUGGUUCAUGGUGACUGUGUCUCCUCCAGCAAAGACCACAGCCACAGCCUGGCUCAGGUCACAAGUGAUGAGGGAAGCAGCCGCCACAUGUGAGAUCAGGGCCUGGUACCACGUCUCAGGAAGUGGGCUGAACCAGAUGGAGCAGCCAGUGCUGCGUCUGGCCAUGGUGCACAGGGACGAGGUGGUGGAGCUGUGGCAGAGCCCGAGGAACCAAGGCCAAGGCUGGCACCAGCUGGUCACCUACCUGGGCCGGGUCCCAGGGCAGUUCCAGCUCAUCUUCUCCCUGACCCAACUGCCUGCAUGUGAGGCAGAGGUGGCGCUCGACGACAUCAUCUUCAGGAACUGUGGCUUGCAGGAGCCCGGGCAGCCGCUCUGCAGGGGGGAGCAGAGCCACUGCGGGCAGGGCAGCUGCCUGGCCCAGCCCCGCUUCUGCGACGGCACCGAGGACUGCGGGGACGGCUCGGACGAGGAUGCGGCGCGGUGCAAGCCCUUCACCCGCUGCUCCUUUGAGCAAGGUUUCUGCAGCUGGGAAGCCGAGGUGGGGCAGCCAGCAUGGGAGAGGAACACGAGCCUAAGCCUGGGGACGGGGGGCAGUGUCCCCACCCGGGACCACAGCCACAACAGCAGGGCAGGUUUUUUCCUCCUCGUGGGCAGCACCUCGACCACAGGGGCCACCGGCCCUGCCCGGCUCAGCAGUCCCACAUUCCAAGCCACCAACUCGUGCUCUCUUGUGCUGUACUGCCACCUCCACGGCUCAGCCACCAGCAGCCUCAGCAUCUCCUAUGUGACCAGGUCAACCAAGCACCUGAUGAAGGAGAGGACAGGGGACCUGGGCAGCUACUGGGUCCGGGAGAGGGUGAACUUCAAUGUGACAGAGAGCUUCAAGGUGCUGAUCGAGGGGGUGGCCAGUGGCACAGGCACUGUGGCCAUUGAUGACCUGAUCCUGUCCCCAGGCUGCAUGCAGGAGCAGGGGAAGCCUUCAGUCUCGCUGCCGAGCCGGACGGGUGCCGGCCGCUGCACGGCUGAGGAGGUGGCGUGUGACAGCGGGGGCUGCAUCAGCACGGAGCUGUGCUGUGACUUUGCCCAGACCUGUGCCGAUGGCUCUGACGAGCAGCGCUGCGGAGCGACCACCUUCGAGGCAGGGGCUGGGGGCUGGCACGAUGUCAGCGUGGGGCGGCUGCGCUGGGGUGUGCAGAGGGACACCGAGCCCGCCGAGCCCGCUGCCAUGUUCAUCACUGGGGCUUUCCUGGCUCUCCAGGCAGGGGAAGGACAAAUGGUGGCUGCUGCCAAGGCACGUACACCUCUGCUGGGCCCCUCUGGCCCUGCCUGCACCCUGGAAAUGAGCUACCGCAUCCGCACUGGACCCCAAGGUUUCCUCGCUGUCAGCGUUGCAGAUCAUGCUGCUGGCACCACUGACCUGGCCUGGCACACAUCAGGGCAUGGCAGCACAGCUGAGGGACGCGUCAGUGUCCCACUGGGAGAGAGGACCAGGCCAUUUCAGGUCGAGCUGCUGGGGCUGAUGGAUCUGCAGGACUCAGUGAGCGCUGCUGCCAUUGACAACGUGACGUUCGUGCAGUGUCACCCCAAUGUGGUGCCACCAGGGGCCAUGGAGCUGUCCUGCAACUUUGAGAGGGGCAUGUGCGGCUGGUACCAGGAUCAGUCCAGUGACUUCAGAUGGGUCCAUGGCACAGGGAAAGGACAGGGCCCUGACCACACCACUGGCUCAGGCUACUUUAUGGCAGUGGACCCUUCUGCACCACGCAGCCGCAGGCAGCGGGCACAGCUCAUCACCUACAGCCAGGAGCCCACCUCUGCCCCGAGCUGCCUCUCCUUCUGGUACCGUCUAGCCGGCCCGCAGAUCGGCACCCUGAACCUCAAGCUGCGGCUGGAAGGAGCAGAGGACACUGUGCUGUGGACCCAGCGAGGGACCCGUGGCAGCCUCUGGCACCGGGGACAGGCCACACUGCCCAGCACGGGCCGGCGGCGGUACCGGGUGGCCUUCGAGGCCCUGCGGGACGGGUUCCAGGGGGACAUGGCACUGGACGACCUGGCGCUGACAGCCGGGCCCUGUGGGGCCGAGCCCUCCUGCUCCUUCGAGGUGGAUGAGUGUGGGCUGGCAGGCAGCGGGCAGCGUGGCUGGCAGCGGCAGAGCAACAGCACCGGCAGCGCCAGCGGGCCCCAGGCUGACCACAGCACCGGCACCUCUGCAGGUCAUUACAUGGUGGUGAGCACAGGCAGGGGCUCCCUGCCUGUGGGGCAGGUGGCUGCCCUCACCUCCCAGCUCUACCAGCCCUCCGCAACCACCCAGUGCUUGGCCUUCUGGUAUCAGCUGAGUGCCCGGACUCCAGGCUCCCUCGGCGUCUUUGUGGAGCAGAGCAUGGUGCGGAGGAAGGUGAUGAGUGUGAGCACCAUGGAGGGGGAUGCCUGGCACCGUGGCCACGUCACCAUCCAGCCAGAUGGGGACUGGCAGGUCAUAUUUGAGGCCACGGGAGCUGGGGGUGACCAUGGGUACAUCGCGCUGGAUGACCUGCAUGUGUCAGAGGGAGCCUGCCCUGAGCCAGGGUCCUGUGACUUUGAGAAGGACACGUGUGGCUGGAGCAGCCCCCCAGACCCCCACCUGCAUGGCUUUGCCUGGGGCUGGAAGAGUGGGAUCCCCCUUGCCAAGUACCCCAGCCCUGAGCAGGAUCACACCCUGGGCACAAGGGACGGUCACUACAUGCACUUUGACACCAGUGUGCUGGGCCCUGGGGGCACCACUGCCCGGCUGGAGAGCCAGCAUCUGCCUGCUGCUGCCAACUCCUGCCUGCGGUUCUGGUACCACAUGGACAUCCUGGAGAACCUCUCCUGUGGGGAGCUGCGGGUGAUGGUGCAGGGCCCGGCGGGGCAGCGCACAGUCUGGAGCGUGCCCGGGCACCGGAGCUGGGGCUGGCGGGGAGCUGUGGUGCCCAUGCAGAGCCCCAGCGAGUUCCAGCUCAUCUUUGAGAUCAGCACACAUAGGUGGCCGAUGGAGGGGACAGUGGCUCUGGAUGACAUUGUGUACAGCACUGGGGGGGGCUGCCACUCCAGCCCAGAGGCAUCAGUGGAAGAGAAAUCCUCCAGCAGCUUCACGGUGGAGGUGGUGCUCAGUGUUCUCCUGGCCACCGUUGUCCUGGUGCUGGUGGCUGCUGGUGGCUGGUACUGGCUGAGGCGGCGAGGGCUGGCCAGUGGGUCACCGGCAGAGAGCAAUGUUCCCCAAGGCUUCGACAACAUCACUUUUCGAGAUGACAAGGUCACUAUUUCAUCAGUGCCAAAAGAAGGGGAUGAGGCCUGAAAUCAGGAGCAGUAACUGCCUGCCCAGCCAAGCGAGGGACCACAGGGCAGAGCAUCCCCCUCCAGCAGCUUCUCACACUUCAGCAGCUGCCUCUGGCUCUUGGCAUCGGACACCGGGCAGGGGGAGGUGCCGUGGGUGCUGCCCCCGGGGCAUCAGCCCCCAGAGGGAGGUGCCGCUGCCUCCCCUACCCCCGAGCGCUCGGGAAAAGCAUUAUUAGCUUUUGUAACCUCAA